AGGAGAAGCGACCGCCAUGACGGACCAAGUCGACGCCGAGGCGGCCUCGGCCCCCAUCAACGUGCUGCUGGGCAAGCCCACGCUGCUGGCGCGGGUGGUCGCGUUCGUGGGCUCCGUGGAUACGCGUCUGCUGGUCUGCCUGAACCGCAACUGGGCGAGGGAGAUGAUGAAGCCCUCCGUGUGGGAGAUCUCGGCUGGCGUGCCCUACGAGCCGCUGCUGAUCAACUGCUUCCGCCGCGCAGCCAACUACUGCUACCGCGAGGUGGACGCUCCUUCACCCAAUGUGAACCGUCGAGGGUCCCCUCCUGCCAUCCGAGCGUGUCUGCUGAACGAACGCACCUCCAUGCGAGAAUACGUGCACGACCUGAAGCUAAUGACUGCGGAGAACGAGUGGUUCGAUAAGCCGCCUCGGACGCUGAAUCUUGACGACGUGCCGGAAUUACGAAACGAGGUGCACAAGAACUCUCGGACGGCGUUUGAGAACGUGGGACUGCUGAACAACAGGUUCAGUCGGAGCCAAGACGCACGACUAGUUUCUGGCGCGAUUGACCAAGAGCGCGCGAACUUUUACUUGUGGUCGCUCGAGAAGCAGCAGCUGCGGGCAUCGAUGACGCAAACGAACGCUUCGUGUUAUGACGUGUGCGAUGAAGCUCUCGCUGUUGGUUGCACGGAUGGCGCGGUUAAAAUCUGGAGCUUUUCGUCACUUGAAAGCCGCAACCUCGACACAACGCCGCUCGUGAAUGCGUCACCCACGACGUCUAUCUCCCACCGGUCUAGCUUGGGAAUGGUUCCCUUCAUUAGGACUCGCGCGAAGGACAAGGUGGUAAACGUUCGUAUCGAUCACAACGAUGGCACCUUCCUGCACCUGGCGACGUCAACAGAGAAGGGUGAAGCGAAUGUGUGGGACGUCACAAAAGGAGAGAUCAUUGUAUCUAUCCCGUCUAGCAAGAUCCACAAGUCGAUGCUGCCCAGAUCCCAGAGGGAGACUUGCCCACAGAUAACGACUCUGAUGUUGCUUCGCAACACUCUGGUGUGCGGCACAUCUUGCGGCCUCAUUCGUGUUUUCGAUCUGCGCAGCAGCCGACUGACUCAUCGACUUGCAGGCCACCCGGGAUCUGUCGUCAACGCAGACACGAAAGGACGAGUUUUGUGGUCCGCGGGUAACGAGGGCACAGUUCGUUGGUGGGGUGGCAAGAGCGCGAAGAUUUUGUCAAAAUCGGCAUUGUGUGAAGGAUCAAUCUCGGCGCUCGAGAUGGACGAGACUGUAGUCGUUGCAGGCUACUCGGAGCAGGGAAUGGAGGCCUGGGACGUGCGAACCCAACAAUCGCUGUGUACAUUUAGCAAUCACGAACAUGGAGGAGUCAAGUCCCUUCAGUUCGACAACCGCAAGCUCGUUAGCGUGUCAUCGACUGGCAAGGCUGCAAUGUGGCGAUGGUACGAGCCUAACCCGGUGCGGUGGUUUGAGCCGCCGACACCGUCCGCGCGCUUCAUCUCGACGAAGUUUAACGACCGGCAUCUCGUGUUCGGUACCGACAGCGGUCAGCUUGUGGAUUACGACCGGCUUGCAACGGUCUUGUAG